GGCAGUGGUCACAUAAAAAAAUCACUUUACAUCAUUGUGUGGAGGAGGAAGGAUUGAGGAAUGGGCGUUAAACACAAUUCAUGUGGUGCUGCUGAGCUUCUAUGGAGGACACGCCUAUUUGUCCACUUCGGUUCUUUCAUACUCGACGCCUGUCGUCUAUCCCACCUCAUCCUCCACUUCCUCCGCAACGUUGACCUCAAAUCUCCACCCUCCUCCAAACCCAUCAAUGGAGUCUCCUCCUCCGACAUCAACGUCGACCCUUCUCGCAAUCUCUGGUUCUGACUCUACCUCCCCCCUCCACCACCACCCUCUACUCAUCUACUUCCAUCGCGGCGGAUUCCUCAUCUCCGCCGCCAAUUCCAAAAUCUACGAUCAUCUUUUCCGCAACCUCGCCGCUCAACUCCAAGUCACCGUCGCCUCCAUCAACUACCGCCUCGCCCCCAACCACCGCUACCCUUCCCAAUACGAUGACGGUUUUGAAACCCUCAAAUUCAUCGACGCCCAUGACUACGCCGUAUUACCCUCCAACAUUGAUCUCAACCGUUGUUUUCUUGCCGGCGACAACGCUGGUGGCAACAUAGCCCACCACGUGGCAGUCAGAUACGGCCGACACGAGUUUGAGAAGCUGAGUAUUAUUGGUUUGGUGGAGAUACAGCCGUUCUUCGGUGGAGAAGAGCGCAGUGAAUCGGAACUCCGGCUCAGUAGAGGUCCAUUUCUGAAUGUGAAACGAACCGACUGGAUGUGGAGGUUGUUUUUGCCAAUAGGAUCGGAUCGAAACCAUGAGGCGGUGAGUGGUGGUGAUGUGUCGGAGGUGGUGAAGUUUUCGGUGACGUUGGCGGUGGUGAUCCGUUACAGGACUGGUAGAGGAGGUACAUUGAGGGGUUAAAGCAAUCAGGGAAGGAAGUGAAGUUGAUUGAGUAUCCAAACGCCAUCCAUGGCUUCUAUAUCUUUCCUGAAUUGCCCCAACUUUGGUACCUAAUUGCAGAGGUGCAGGUGAUAUGCUACCUCCAAGGACGUAGCUUGGGAGGUUGUAGAAGCAGAAGGCUUAUUUUGUGCAAAGAGUUAGAACUCUACUUUUGUUGAACCCAAGUGUUGACUUGGUAAGUUGUAAGCCUAUAGGGCAUUUAUUUUUGUUGUCAACAUGUAGUAUCUCUUGUAAGAAUACUCUAAUGUUGGGAAUAUGAAAUCUCUUUCUU